UUUUCUGUCGCAUCUUGUGGCCAGUAGUAGUGUAUGCGCGAAGAAAUUCGUGACACAGACGGUGUUUUUUCCUUCUUCUACUGGUGUAGUGUUAUGUUUUCUUUUAUAAAUGAGAAGGGAAGUGUAUCGAAGGAGUACAAAUCUGUAUUUCUGCGGGAUUAAUUGUGAUGGAUGGUUUUCCGGCGGAAGAAAUUAGACUAGCAAUGAUGAAGAGGUUGAUAGUGAAUCAAAAGCAGUGGAAGUGCGUCUCUAUCCUCCAGUGACGUGUAAAGAUCGUUCCGGAAAUUGUGGUGUGUUGGAAUGAGAAAACUUGUAGAAGCUCAGUGAUUAGGUGCUGGGCUAGGCCCUGGAAGAUUUCGGUAAAGUUCAAUUCCACGUCCAGUGAAAUGAUUAUGCCCCGGGGAUUGUAAAUCCCAGUGAAAAAAGCAAAAACGCCACUCCAAAUUAUGAAAAAGAAGUGGUGGAUCCCCAGUUCCAGUGCAAAAUGUUGAGAGUAAAUAAAUAUAAGUCAAAAUAUGACGUGAUGCGUAGUGCAGUGAUUCUACAGCUGGUCAGAGCGGACGUGUUUUCUGCAGCACUGUCUGUCGUGGAGUGGUGAUGGCUUGCAACUGCGAGCGGAAAUCAUGGAUGAAUGUUAUUCCAACACAUUUGAUUGCUGAGAUGUUUACCUGCAGUAGCGGAUUCCGGGCGAGCGGAAUGUAAACAAAGCCAAAAAUAAGUAAUACCUCCCAUAAAGGCGACAGCCGCAGCAGUCAGUAGAAGGAGUUUGAAUGACCGUAGAAUGAGGGGAUGAUUAAAAAUCGAUACUGGUGUGUUGUAUACUAAACAAAAAUACUACGGUCAGUGCGCGGCGUUUUUUUUUUCGGGGAUGAGCUGAAUUAUUCAUGUGUAAAGUAGAAUUGUUUGAAAUUGGUGCAGUUUUUGUCGUCAGGCAGCAAUAACCGGGAAACAUGUUAUCUAGUGUCAAUACGUAUACCGAAAGGCGGAUAAUCUCUACGUGAUAUCUGUGCACAUAGCUGUUGGUGAAGUUGCUUAAUUAUGAAAUAGGAAUAAAUGUUUGUGUUUCAUUAUUUAUCGAGAAAUAUCUGCGAAAGUGUCGGUGAAACUAGUGAAAUGUAUAAAAAGCCUGCUGCAACACGAUUCGCAUUUGUUGGCCUGUAAUUACGCAUUGGAAUCUCCGGAAAAUGCUCGAAUUGCCUGUCCCGGUGCAACGAUACUCAGAAUUAAAUAAUUCAAUGUAUAACAAUUAAUCUCCGGAGCUGCAGCUGUGCCCGUAAAUAUUUAAGCACCCACACUCAGAAAAGCUCCCGCCAAUCCCUUUAUCCAAAAUGCAAGCGAAAAAGCGCUACAUACUCGUGAUAAUUUGCUGUGCAUUUCUCGCAUAUUGCUACUUUGGUGGAUAUCGGCUCAAAUGGCUCCAGAAACUGUUUGCCAUAAGCGUUCGCAAGAACCCAUCUAAGCUCCCACCAUAUCAACAGCUGUACUAUCAAUUCCCCGACUCUCCAGAAGCGCCCGUCCAAAACUCACAUUCCAUUCCAGACGAUGAGCUGUACGCUCAUCCUUCCUAUGAAUCUAAAUACAUCGGUGACUCACUUCCAACUCCCAUCCGCACUUGUCGCAUGGAAACAUGUUUCGACUUCACCAAAUGUACUGACCAGAACUUCCUGGUCUACGUUUAUCCACCGGAACCGCUCAAUUCCCUUGGUGCUCCUCCUCCCAUCAGUCCAAACUAUCAGAAAAUCAUCUCAGCCAUCCAGGAGAGCCGGUAUUACACCGCCGACCCGGAAAAAGGCAUGUCUGUUCGUGCUGGGCAUCGAUACGCUGGAUCGAGACUCGCUAAGCGAAGACUACGUACGCAAUGUUCCAUCUCGGCUGCAACGGCUGCCACACUGGAAUGGUGGCCGUAACCAUAUCAUAUUCAACCUUUACUCCGGCACAUGGCCAGACUACAACGAGAACGGGCUCGGAUUCGACACGGGGCAGGCAAUCCUGGCGAAGGCCAGCAUGAGCGUGCAGUCACUGCGGCCAAACUUCGACGUGAGCAUUCCGCUGUUCCACAAGCAGUUUCCGCUGCGUGGCGGCAACACCGGUUUCGUCGCUAGUAACAACUUCCCAGCAAACAAAAAGUAUCUGCUGGCGUUCAAGGGAAAAAGGUAAGCAGGCAUUGUAAAUCAGUCGUUUUGUAAGUAAAAUUUGUUUUUUAAAUU